AUGGCGGGCGCGACGACGAUGGAUGGCACCACCGACCUCUCCGGCGAGCCGGCGGUGAGGGGCAAGACGGGGGGCUGGAGGGCGUGCCCCUUCAUCCUGGCCAACGAGUGCUGCGAGCGCCUCGCCUACUACGGCAUGAGCUCCAAUCUGGUCAACUACAUGAUCGACCGCCUCCACCAGGGCAACGCCGCCGCCGCCACCAACGUCAACAACUGGUCCGGCACCUGCUACGUCAUGCCCCUCCUCGGCGCCUUCAUCGCCGACGCCUACCUCGGCCGCUUCCGCACCAUCGCCGCCUUCAUGUCCCUCUACAUCGCCGGCCUCGCCCUCCUCACCCUCACCGCCACCGUGCCCGGCCUCAGGCCGCCCGACUGCGCCGGCUGCAAGCCCGCCGCCGCCCAGACCGCCGCCUUCUUCACCGCGCUCUACCUCAUCGCCGUCGGCACCGGCGGCAUCAAGCCCUGCGUCUCCUCCUUCGGCGCCGACCAGUUCGACGACGCCGACCCGCGCGAGAUGCGCAGCAAGAGCUCCUUCUUCAACUGGUUCUACAUGUCCAUCAACGUCGGCGCCCUCGUCGCCUCCUCGGUGCUCGUCUGGGUCCAGAUGAACGUCGGAUGGGGCUGGGGAUUCGGCAUCCCCGCCGCCGCCAUGGCCGUCGCCGUCGUCAGCUUCCUCAUGGGCAGCAGGCUCUACAGGUACCAGAAGCCCGGGGGCAGCCCGCUCACCAGGAUGCUGCAGGUCGUGGUCGCCGCCUGCAGGAAGUCGCAUGUCCCCCUCCCCGCCGACGCCUCCCUGCUGCACGAAGUCGCCUCGCCCGACGGCAAGGCCGCCAUCGAGGGCAGCAGGAGGCUGGAGCACACGGAUCAGCUGAGGUGCCUGGACAAAGCCGCCGUGGUGACGACGCCCGGCGGCGCUGAAGAAGAAAACCCGUGGAGGCUGUGCACGGUGACGCAGGUGGAGGAGCUCAAGAGCAUGGUGCGGCUGCUGCCGGUGUGGGCGAGCGGCAUCGUCAUGUCGGCGGUGUACAGCCAGAUGAGCACCAUGUUCGUGCUCCAGGGCAACACCCUGGACCCGCGCAUGGGCGCCUCCUUCAAGAUCCCCGCCGCGUCGCUCUCCAUCUUCGACACCAUCGCCGUGAUCGUGUGGGCGCUCGCCUACGACCGGCUCAUCGUCCCCGCCGCACGCCGGAUCACGGGCCACCCGCGCGGCUUCACGCAGCUGCAGCGCAUGGGCAUCGGCCUGGUGAUAUCCAUCUUCUCCAUGGUGGCCGCCGGGGUGCUGGAGGUUGUCAGGCUCCACGUCGCCGCCACACACGGCAUGCUGGACUCCAAGGAGUACCUGCCCAUGUCCAUCUUCUGGCAGGUGCCGCAGUACUUCAUCGUGGGCGCGGCGGAGGUGUUCACGUUCGUGGGGCAGAUCGAGUUCUUCUACGACCAGUCGCCGGACGCCAUGAGGAGCAUGGGGUCGGCGCUGUCGCUCACGUCCAACGCGCUGGGCAACUACCUGAGCACGCUGCUGGUGGUGAUCGUGACGGCCAUCUCCACCAGGAACGGCGGCCUCGGGUGGAUCCCGGAUGACAACCUCAACCGGGGGCACCUCGACUACUUCUACUGGGUGCUGGCCGUGCUCAGCGCCCUCAACUUCCUCGUCUACCUCUGGAUUGCAAAGUGGUACAAGUACAAGGCCACAGCACCUCCUGCAGCAGCUUCAGUCGUUGCCAUCGGCGACGACACCAAUUAG